GUUUUGACUCGUAAUAUAUAUUUAGUCAUUCCAUCAAACACUCAUUUUCUCCAAACAAUUUCUUCCUCUCCAUUUACCCUUUCUCUCUCUCUUUCUCUCCGGGAAAAUUUUCUCUCCCCUAAAAAAUUUUCCCUCAAUUUUCCUUUCAUUCAGACAGAAAACUCUGAAUUAUAAAUCUAAAUAAAACUAUAUAUAGAUAGAUUUUUGAAUUUGUAGGUUUUCUGUAAAAAUAUGAAAGCACCGAGGAGACCGAUCCAAGCGGCGGCGACAUGGCUACGACGGCAGCCGCCGAAGGUGAAGGCGUUUCUGGCCGUGAUUAGCGGCAUGGCGGCGCUUGUUCUCCUCCGUGCAAUUGUCCACGAUCAUGAUAAUCUGUUUGUGGCAGCAGAGGCUGUUCAUUCGAUCGGAAUUGCUGUUCUGAUUUACAAGUUGAUGAAGGAGAAGACCUGUGCGGGGCUUUCGCUGAAGUCUCAGGAGCUAACAGCUAUCUUUUUGGCUGUUAGAUUGUAUUGCAGUUUUGUCAUGGAGUACGACAUACACACUUUGCUUGACUUGGCUACGCUGGGUACGACCUUGUGGGUUGUUUAUAUGAUUCGAUUUAAGUUGAGAUCGAGUUAUAUGGAGGAUAAAGACAACAUUGCACUGUACUAUGUGCUUGUCCCUUGUGCUGUUAUAGCCUUAAUAGUUCACCCAUCGACAUCACAUCACGUCGUCAAUAGGAUUGCCUGGGCUUUCUGUGUUUACCUGGAAGCUGUUUCUGUCCUACCUCAGCUGCGUGUUAUGCAGAACACAAAGAUUGUUGAACCUUUUACAGCUCAUUAUGUAUUUGCAUUGGGAGUUGCUAGGUUUUUGAGCUGUGCCCACUGGGUUCUCCAGGUUUUGGACACUCGUGGUCAUCUUCUCGUGGCAUUGGGUUACGGACUCUGGCCUUCGAUGGUUCUAAUAUCCGAAAUUGUUCAGACCUUCAUCCUGGCCGACUUUUGCUAUUACUAUGUGAAAAGUGUGUUCGGGGGACAGCUCGUGUUGCGCCUUCCUUCUGGAGUGGUGUAAAUGUAUGGGGCUGUAUAAGAUUAUUUUCUUUGUUUUCUUUUCUUUUCUUUUUGGUCUAGAUGGCUCUGUUUUUGGCCAGCAGUUCUUAGAGCAUAGGAAUCUUGUCGGUCAAAAACUUGGCAGUCAUUAUGAAUUUGGAUGUUUAAAUUAGUCUGAAAUCGCCACAAUCAUAUUUGGUUUACUGCAACAGUACCAAUUUGAUUUC